GCCGACUUCUUACAACUGCAAGUGCGUUCAUUUGUCCUAAGGAACCAACAUCCUGACCGGACCAGACGAAGAUGGGUCCCCAUUUUAAAAUUGUGAAUUAGUUCAUUUUUACAUAAUUGAUGCAGGAAGAUAAAGUUUACGGAUUGCAACUAUAAACCCCGCCCACUUUCUGCUUUAUCCAAUCAAAAGACUGAGAAGCCGCGUGCCCCCUAACGCACGAGACGCAGGUAGAGUGUUGUAUUCCGCGGUGAAUGCUGGGAGGCUGAAGAUGGCGACUUCGUUAGGAGCGAAUACGUACAAUAGACAAAAUUGGGAAGACGCGGACUUUCCCAUCUUGUGUCAAACAUGUCUGGGGGAGAACCCUUACAUUCGGAUGACAAAAGAGAAAUAUGGAAAGGAAUGUAAGAUCUGUGCCCGCCCCUUCACGGUGUUCCGCUGGUGCCCGGGGGUGCGGAUGCGCUUCAAGAAGACGGAGGUGUGCCAGACCUGCAGCAAGAUGAAGAACGUGUGCCAGACCUGCCUGCUGGACCUGGAGUACGGCUUGCCGAUCCAGGUCCGUGACACGGGCCUGUCAAUCAAAGACGAUAUGCCGAAGUCUGACGUAAAUAAGGAAUACUACACCCAGAACAUGGAGAGAGAGCUCCAGAAUUCGGACGGGUCGCGGGGUCCCGUGGGGCUCCUGGGCAAGGCGCCCAGCUCCAGCGACAUGCUCCUGAAACUGGCGCGGACCACGCCCUACUACAAGAGGAACCGCCCCCACAUCUGCUCCUUCUGGGUGAAGGGAGAGUGCAAGAGAGGGGAGGAGUGUCCUUACAGGCACGAGAAGCCGACGGACCCCGACGACCCGCUGGCCGACCAGAACAUCAAGGACCGGUACUACGGCAUCAACGACCCGGUGGCCGACAAGCUGCUGAAGCGGGCCUCCACCAUGCCCCGCCUGGACCCCCCCGAGGACCGGUCCAUCACCACGCUGUACGUGGGCGGGCUGGGGGACAGCAUCACCGACACCGACCUCAGGCGCAGCUCGCCCCGGAACCUUCACACUCAUCAUCAACCUGCGCAGCUCACCCUUUCCGCACUCUGUAGCUUCGGCUACCGCUAUCCAAAUUCCAUUGCCGGGAUGGAAAUUCCGGGUGCAGAAUGUUUUGCAUCUGCUUUGUCUUUGUUAGUUAAUUUGGGUUCCUCCGCACUGGGGCAGGAGGAAAGGAGAGCAGUAUGUAUUAGAGCUUUUGUUUUUGAAAAUGUGAUGAAACUGCAGCGUGUGCAACUGACUUGUCUGUUUGUCCAUCCGUCCAUCUGUCUCAGGUCCCAGGCAGCCCGGGGGAAGGAGCGGGACAGGGACGGAGUGAGUGAGACGGGGAUGAAACUGGAGCCAGUACCGGGCCUUCCAGCAGCUCUCCCCCCGCCCCCCUCAUCGGAGGAGGAAGCCCCCGCCAACUACUUCAACCUGGGGCCCAGCACCUCCCCGGCGGUCAUGAACAUGGCGCUCCCUCCCCCACCGGGGAUCGGCAACCCUCCCCCCCCAGGUUUUGGGCCGCCAAUGUUCCAUUCCAUGGGUUCGAUGGGUCCUCCCCCUCCCCCUCCCCUGUCCAUGAGACCUCCCGGCCACAUCCACUACCCUUCCCAGGAUCCUCAGCGCAUGGGCGCCCACGCCAGCCGCCAUGGUGGCUCCUAGUCUCACAGUUUCCUCGACGCAGCCGACAACUUAAUGGUCUCUGGAGGCGGCUGGGCUUUCAGGUUCAGUGCAAAUUCACGGCUUUGUAACCCUUUACCUGAAGUAUGGGGACAGGAACGGUUCAAAUGGGAACUUUCCCGUAAGCCGUUAAUCCUCAAACUGAAACAAGCUGUCCCUCAAAGCUAAUUUAAAGAAGAAAAGAAAAAAGAAUUAAAGAAUAAAAAAGGCUGAAAAGGCUUUUCUGCUUGAACCAGGAAGAGCCCCCUCUGUGGCGGUGGUAUGAACAUUUCGGCGGGUGUCACCCCCGUCCCUCCAGUGCAUAACCCAAGAACGGAGACUGGGGACAGUGUAGGAAAUUUUAAAAAGCCGUUCUCUAUAGAAGGGUCAGGUAUUUGUUUUUAAUAACCGUUCCUGGCGAGAAGCCUGUCGCUGCUAGCGCUGCAGCGUGCGAUCUUGCGUAGGUUACUGCUGCCUUCCGGAAACCUCUGGCUCUGUUCAAGCUAACCACUACGCUGCUCUGCCGUUAACAUCGAAUAAAAAUGAAUAUCUUCUACUUAGAAUCCGCUGAACCCACUUUCGGAAAGGCUGUGACUGACUGGAGUUGAGGAGCUCCUUCAUGGUUACAUUAUCUUGGUUUUUUUUUAACCACCGGGUGAGGAGCUUGCAGAACCCCUUGCGGCCUCUGGGUGGCGCCUGUUUUUUUGCACUCUGCUCAUUCCGCGCAUGGAAUUGUGAGCUCUCCUGCUGCUGAAGUUAAAGAGGUGAUGUGGUGAUAGAAGACUUGCUCAAAGUUCUGAGCGAAGGCCAUUGUAGUUUGGAUGUGCCUGGACCUUUUAGAGGUCCUUAACUCUUUGAAGAGUCUUGUUUUUUUUUUUUUGGAAUGUUUUUUCUUUCAAAAUUCUGUGUCAGUGUGUUCUAGAACUCCAUUGCUCUCAUUUAUCAGUAGUGACUGUUACAUCAGCGUUGGGACUGUUCCGUUGAGAACAUUUUCCUCACAUAUUUAUGUUCUUACACCUUAGACUUCGUCUCACUACCAGGUUUCAUGGUCAGGAUUGCGGUUAAAACUGCUGCAAAGGAAACCAUUUUUAAACCGUUACUUUCCUUUACCAUCCAUUGUCAUUGUUGAGAUUUUUAUUUUUCAUUUUUGAUAAGCUCUCAUAUUGGCAAUAAAAUGCAUUUCUUUUUUGUAAAAUAUGUGUCACAUGUAUGUCCACUUUGAACAUUAAAAAUAAUCCACCUUUUCAGUCA